AUGGCUCCUGCAGAAGUAAUCAGCAAAAUAUUAAAUGGAUCAGUAGAGAAAGUUGUGGUUUCAAGGGACAAAGCUAUUGGUGAAAUGCUUCCGUCUUUGAAGCUAAUCGCUGAGACUGAAAUGUAUGAAAAAAUGGUUAAAAUCAUUGUCCAUUGA